AUGGGUCGUAAAGUGGUGGUAGCCGUCUGUACUUUGAACCAGUGGGCGUUAGACUUCGAGGGCAAUUUGAGCAGAAUAUUACAGUCCGUGCAGGAGGCGAAAGAGAUGGGAGCUUUGUAUAGAACUGGUCCUGAAUUAGAAAUAUGUGGUUACAGUUGCGAAGACCAUUUCCACGAGUCGGACACGUUUUUGCACAGCUGGCAGGUCCUGGCUGAGCUGCUGAAGUCUUCUACAUGCAAAGACAUUCUCAUUGACGUCGGCAUGCCCGUCCAACAUAGAAAUGUGUCCUACAACUGUCGUGUCGCAUUUUUCAACAAGAAGAUUCUUUUGAUCAGGCCAAAGAUGAUGUUAUGCGAAGAUGGAAAUUAUAGGGAGACUCGUUGGUUCUCUUGUUGGACUAAAGAACGUCAAGUGGAAGACUAUUACUUGCCCCGAAUGAUAACAGCCAUCACUAACCAAACGACUGUGCCCAUUGGAGAUGCGGUGAUAGCGACAAAGGACACGUGUAUUGGGUUUGAAAUUUGCGAAGAGUUGUGGAAUCCGCAAAGUCGCCAUAUACCCUUAAGCCUCGACGGUGUGGAAAUAAUAUCAAAUGGUUCAGGCAGUUAUAUGGAACUGAGGAAGGCGUACGUCACUGUGGACUUGGUGAAGAGUGCUACGUUUAAAAGCGGUGGAGCUUACAUGUUCAGUAAUUUAAGGGGAUGCGACGGGCAGCGUAUUUACUUCAACGGUUGUUCGUGUGUCGCCGUUAAUGGUGAAAUUGUCAGUCGUGGCCUUCAGUUUGCUUUGCACGAUGUGGAGGUAAUAACGGCGACAAUCGACCUAGAGGAUAUCCGUUCGUACCGUACGCAGUUACGUUCGCGGUCACACAUAGCUGCCUCCAACACACCGUUCCCGCGUGUUAACGUCGACUUCUCUUUGUCUGAUGAUGAAGAUAUUCAUUUAACAAUCAGCCCGCCUAUAGAAUGGAAAUAUCUGACGCCUGAAGAAGAGAUUGAGUUGGGUCCAGCAUGUUGGCUGUGGGAUUACCUUCGAAGGUCAGGUCAAGGCGGGUUCUUUUUACCGCUGAGCGGCGGUGUCGAUUCAACAAGCACUGCUUGUAUUGUUUUCUCCAUGUGUACGCAAAUUUGUGACGCAGUGCAAAAAGGCGAAAGUCAGGUGUUGUAUGAUGUUCGAAAAAUACUAUGUCAGUCGGAUUAUAUGCCAUCGGACCCAAUGGAACUGUGCAACAGACUACUGGUCACGUGUUACAUGGCCUCCGAGAAUUCUAGUCAAGAAACUAGGCAGCGAGCUCUGCAGCUUGCCAGUGAAAUAGGUAGCUAUCAUUUCCCAAUAGUGAUCGAUGCGGCGGUGAGUGCCGUAAUCGGUAUUUUCACUUCUGCGACUGGUCUUGUACCAAAGUUUAGAGCAAAAGGUGGUUGUCCUCGACAAAAUCUUGCCUUGCAGAAUAUCCAGGCUCGUUUACGUAUGGUGCUUUCAUAUUUGUUCGCACAACUAAUGUUGUGGGUGCGGGGAAGGCCGGGUGGCCUACUCGUGUUGGGUUCUUCUAAUGUGGACGAAGCUCUGAGAGGUUAUAUGACUAAGUACGAUUGCUCCAGUGCCGAUGUCAAUCCGAUUGGUGGCAUAUCGAAGACUGAUCUAAAAUCUUUCCUGCAAUAUGCUAAGAAUAGGUUUUUCUUGCCAUCUCUAUCGGAAAUACUUCAAGCCCCACCCACCGCAGAGUUGGAACCGCUCACCGACGGUCAGAUAACACAAACCGACGAACAAGACAUGGGAAUGACCUACGCGGAACUCUCCGAAUUCGGUCGUUUACGGAAAACCAAUCACUGCGGCCCGUUUAGUAUGUUCCAGAAAUUAGUGCACAAAUGGAGCAACAAGUGUACACCUCAAGAGGUGGCGGAAAAAGUGAAACAUUUCUUCCGUUGUUACGCUAUAAAUCGUCAUAAGAUGACGGUGCUAACGCCGUCAUAUCACGCGGAGACUUACAGCCCGGACGACAACCGCUUUGACCAUCGCCCUUUCCUGUACAGAGUGCAUUGGAACUGGCAGUUUAAGGCCAUCGACGACGCUGUAGCUCAAAUGACAAAGGAUAAAAGGGCACAAAGCGUGGACCGCUCUCAAAUUAACCAUGAUCCCAUGGGUAGCAAUAAUUCUAUAGCUUCGACUCUUUCUUCGCCCUUCAAUAUGCGUAGAGAUCGAAAGGGUGUUCUUAUUUAA